AUGAGGCUUAGGGGCAAGGCUGCCGCCCCGUGGCGCAUCCUGCUGUCUGUCUUAACCUUGACAGCAGCUGUCCAAGCAAAGGACGAGCCGACAAUCAAGGUUACCACAAUCAAGCAUCCUCCCAUCAACCUGAAUUACUUCGAAGACUCCGACUCUAUCCUCUACCACGAUGUCUCCGAACGAAACAUUUAUCGGUCCGACGAUGCGGGCGUGUCGUGGAACAAGGUCUCAGACGUCCCUGGCGAAAAGGCCUACAUGCUCACGAUGCACGAAUUCGACAAGAGCCGCGCCUACAUAAUCACCGAAGGCAAAGAACACUGGAAGACCUCCGACAAGGGCAAAUCAUGGCAGAAAUGGGAGAGUGUCGCCGGCACCAGCGCCUUCCGCGAGGACAUUCUCCAUUUCCACGCCGGCGACCCGGAUCGCAUCAUCUUCAACGGCAUGGACUGCGCCGGCAUCUUUUGCGAAGAAGUCUCCAUGUACACGACGGAUGGCUUCAAGUCCAAAGCGAAGCCCCUCCGAUUCAACACCGCGGGAUGCUGGUGGGCCAAGUCUUCGGAUCUCUUCACAACUGGCAAGGACGAUCUCGAUAAGCAGCGGAUUCUCUGCAUUGUCCGCGACAGCUUCUCGCCUUUCAAAGAGGACCAAAGACUCUUCGCAUCUGACAAUUACUACGAAAAGAUUGAUAACAAGAUUCAAGAAUUCGAGCCGAACAUGGAUACAACCCGAGGAGUGCAGGGUGUCGUCAACUUGGCUGUGGUCAAGAAGUACUUGAUGGUUGCCACAUCAUCCCUGAACACGGAUGAAAUGGCCCUCUUCGUCACAGACGACACCAUCAAGUGGCAUCGCGCCAUGUUCCCUACCGAUCAUGGACACAAGAUCAACCAAGAGGCUUACACCGUCUUGGAAAGCACCAACUACAGUAUCCAGAUUGACGUCAUGAACACAAGGCCCUCGAACCCAAUGGGUGUCAUGUUCACAAGUAACUCCAACGGCACUUUCUUCAUUGAGAAUCUUGAGCACACAAACCGCAACUCUCGUGGUCACGUCGACUUUGAGAAGAUUACAGGUGUGCAGGGUAUUUUCAUCGUCAACACUGUGAAGAACUAUGAAGAGGUUGAAAAGGAUCCCAGGAAGGAGAAGCAAAUUGUCACCAAAAUUACAUUUGACGAUGGACGAAACUUCCACGGUCUGAAGGCGGGCGACGAUGAGCUACAGCUGCAUUCUGUCACUGAUCUCGACAACGUUGGUAGAGUGUUUUCCAGCCCCGCCCCUGGCCUUGUCCUCGGAAUUGGAAACAAGGGCAAGGCUUUGACCAAGUUUGGUGAGGGGGACGUUUACGUUUCCGACGACGCGGGUGUAAAUUGGAAGAAGGCUCUCGAUGGCCCUCAUAAGUAUGAGUUUGGUGACCAGGGCUCCAUCCUGGUAGCCGUCAAGGACUCCAACAAGGAAGAUGUGGGAGAAAUUCAGUACUCUUUGGACCACGGCGAGAAUUGGAAGAAAGCUUCGCUCCCGGAUGACCUGAAGAUCAAGCCCGAGCUGAUCACAACGACGCAAGACUCGACUAGUCUCAAGUUCCUUCUCGUCGGCAGGACCGGUGGCGACAGUGCCAAGUACCACAUCAUUGCGAUUGACUUUGAAGGUCUGCACGAGCGAACGUGUAAGGACGACGACUUGGAGGACUGGCACGCUCGCCCCGAUGCCGAUGGCAAGCCUACCUGCCUGAUGGGCCACAAGCAGACCUACCGCCGCCGCAAGAAGACGGCCGACUGUUUCAUGAAGCAGGAGUUCAAGGACCCUGUUCCCGUCACUGAAGACUGCGAGUGUACGGAUGCGGACUUUGAAUGCGACUACAACUUCGUCAAGGAUGGCGACAACUGUAAGAAGGUUGGCCCCAUCGUCGCGCCUGACAAUGCCUGCAAGAAUGCCAAGCCGGACGACACGUUCAAGGGCUCUUCGGGCUGGCGCAAGAUCCCAGGAAACACUUGCAAGCGCAAGAGCGGCGCACAAAAGGACGAUGAAGUUGAGCGAAAGUGCUCCGACGUUGGCGGCACUCCUAGUGCCCCUGCUGAUGGCAAGAUCAAGGCGGUCCAGCACGUCUUCAAGACAGACCUGAAGGACUUUGAAAAGAUUUACUUGGAGAGGGGUGACUCGAGCACUGAGGUUGACGAGACCAUUCUCGUCAGACCGGUCGAGUACGCUGGCAACAGCAUGCGAGCCGACAAGCAGAUUUGGCGAACAAAGGAUCAUGGCAAGACAUGGGAUAAGAUUCUUGAAGACGAGGAAGUGCGCGGCAUCUACCCGCACUACUACUUCAAGGACGCCGUGUUCUUCACCACCGACUCCAAGAAGGUCCUGUACACGAUCGAUCGUGCCGAGCAUUUCCACUCUUUCGAGGCGCCCACGAAGCCCGGAACGAGCAAUCCUCUCUCUUUCCACCCCGACAAGAAGGACUGGCUCAUCUGGAUAGGCGAGAAGUGCGAGAAGAUUGACGGCAAGGACCAGUGCUUCAAGGAGGCGUCGAUCUCAAGGGAUCGCGGUGACAAUUGGAAGACGGCCAUGCGCUACGUCCAGAAGUGCGAGUUCACCGGCCACUCGGCCUACAAGUUCCGCGAUAUGCGCCAAGUUGUUUGCCUUGCCCACAAGCGCGAGGACAAUGAGAAGGAUAACCCAAAGGUCAUCGUCUCCAGCAAGGACUUCUUCGAUGAGGAUAAGCAGUUCCACCAGUCAGAUGUAAAGGACUUUGCCACCAUGGCCGAGUUCAUCGUCGUUGCCGCAGAAGACAAAGAAAAGAAUGGUCUCCGUGCUCUUGCCAGCUUGGACGGCGUCAGCUAUGCUGAAGCACACUUCCCCGUCAACUUCAAGCCGGGCCACCAGAAUGCUUACACCGUAUUGGACAGCUCCACGCAUGCUGUGAACUUGUUCGUGGCCACCGAGACUACGGAAGGGCGCCGGCAGGGAAGCAUCAUCAAGAGCAACUCGAACGGAACCUCUUACGUCAUGAGUGCGCAGGCUGUCAACUGUAAUGAUGAAUACUAUGUGGAUUUCGAGAAGAUCACCGGCCUGGAGGGUGUCGCGCUUAUCAACACCGUCGCCAACAAGGACAAGAAGAACGAGCCGAAGAAGGUUCAAACCCAAAUCUCCCACAACGAUGGCUCGCAGUGGACUUUCCUUCCCCCGCCAAAAGCCGACAUUGAUGGCAAAUCUUACUCAUGCAGUAGCAGUGAGGGCGAUGAGAAGUGUGCGCUGCAUCUUCAUCAUUAUACCGAGCGAGCGGAUAAGAAGAAGACCUUCUCGGCUGCCACCGCGGUUGGACUCAUGUUUGGCUACGGCAACGUGGGCCCGAAUUUGGGCUCUGUCAAGGACGCCGAUACCUUCAUGACGACCGAUGCUGGCAUCACCUGGAAGAACGUUAAGAAGGGUGCUUGGACAUGGCAGUACGGUGACCAAGGAUCCAUUGUUGUCCUUGUCCAGCGGGCCAGCCGCGAGAACCCCGUCAAGACGAAGACUAUCCAGUACACCACGGAUGAGGGCAAGACCUGGAAACCGUUUGACUUCACCGACAAGGAAGUCACUGUCUUGGAUAUCUCAACUCUUCGCUCCGGAGCCUCGCGCAACUUCCUUAUCUGGUGCAAGGACGAUGGUGGCGAGAUGUUCUCUGUCAACGUCGACUUUACUGGCUUGAGCGACCGCCCCUGCAAGAAUGACGAGAACGGUGACUCUGACUACUACCUGUGGUCGCCCAAGCAUCCCUCGCAGCCCGAUGACUGCCUCUUUGGACACGUGUCAAAGUACCUGCGGAAGAAGGACGAAGCGAACUGCUACAAUGACCUCAAGGUCCAGCACCUCUACCAACUCCAAAACUGCACUUGCACCAGGGCCGACUAUGAAUGCGACUACAACUUUGAGUUGGAUGGCCACAAACAGUGCAGUCUUGUCGAAGGCAAAUCCCCCAUGUCGGCUGAGCAGUGGUGCAAGGAAAACCCCGAUGCCGUCGAAUACUACGAACCUACCGGUUAUCGUAGAAUCCCGCUCACCACCUGUGACGGAGGUCAAGAAUUCGAUAAGCAGGCCAACGUCCACGCCUGCGCCGGCAAGGAAGAGGAGUUUGAGAGGCGGCGCAGAACGUCUGGCAUUGCAAUCUUCUUUGCGGUCGUCAUCCCUAUCGGACUCGCAGGUGCCAUUGGUUGGUGGGUAUACCAGAACUGGAACGACAAAUUUGGCCAGAUCCGGCUGGGCGAGUCGCCGAACCUGGACAACGACGCGCCGUGGAUCAAGUACCCGGUCAUCGCCCUGUCGGCGGUGGUUGCCGUCGCGGCGGCCCUGCCGCUCGUCGCCUCGGCGCUGUGGAGGCGCGCCACCUCUGCUUACGAGAGUGUGAGCGGCGGAAGCAGGGGCAGCUGGCUCAACGGGCGGGGCAACCGCAGGUUCACGACGAGGGACAGUUUUGCGCGGGGCAGAGGAGAUUACGACAUUGUCGACGACGACGAGGGCGAGCUCCUUGGUGACGAUAGUGACGAGGACGUAUGA